AUGGUCACGACUCACGACUCACAGCUGCAAGUACAGAAGAGCACCGCUAAGAAGAAAGCUGAGCGGCCUUCAGCGAGCGCAGGAGAACGCUCUGGAUUGGGUGUUGGUCAUGAGGGUGCUCAGAGUAGCAGGCGAGAGAACAAUGAAGGGCAGGAAAGAGUGGAUUUGAAGGCUGGAGCGGAGGGAGCAGCGAGGGAGCCUGAGGGUGCGGAAGAAGAGCCGGUGGCAAAGUCAGGGAAGCGGAAGGCUGGUGAUGAGAUUGACUCUAUCUUUGGAACCGCAAAGAAGAAGGGCGCGGCCGCUGGGGACGAAAAGGGAGUUAGUAUACCAGGUAGUAAAGUGAAGACCAGCAGUAAAUCGAAGAGUAAACUAGGAGGGGGCAAAGAAAAGCAAAAACUAGGUCAGAAGCCAAAGGCUGUGAAAGUGCCGGGUGCAAGGAAAAGGACGAAUGACGGGCUGACUGUCUACUCGGAAGAGGAGCUAGGCUUUGCUAAAAAGGACGCUGGUGGCACUCCUCUGUGCCCGUUCGAUUGUCAAUGCUGCUUCUGAACGCGCCUGUUACCUGCGGAGUCCCAUGUCCUGCAACAAUUUCUGGCCGACAAGCAAAUGGGGGGCAGCGGAACCACUUUCAAAGAAGAAACACUACCCUCUGGAUCAUAUGGCUUUAUGCCGUGAUCGGAACGAUAUUGAGCUGUGCAUACGGUAGUAUAGAUUGGAUCUUGUAUUUGCAGUCGAGAUCUGAUGCCUUGUUAGUUGCAUGUCGACGUGGCCGGGACGGGCUGUUCUGUACACCCGAACUGGUCCUAGGGUACGCAUACCGGCUACACUAUACCACAUACCGAAG